CUUCUCCACACCUAUCUUUCUUCUUUUUCCAUUAUAAAUCCAUUUCUUCACAACACGUAUAUAUUACAUUGCACCCAUUCCUCUCACAACACAAACACCAUUCCCUGCAUUGGAUUCUCCCAAACAUUCUUCCUUCUUCAUCAGUUCAUCGUUUUUGCCCUGCGCUGUGGGGUUGCUGCUCUCAAAUGCUCUUGAUCCUUCUCUUGCUCACUGUUCUUGUCGCUGUUUCUCUUCUUCUUUCUGGGUCUUCGGAUUUUCAGCUGCUCCCAUUCCUAUUCCUGUCCCUGUGGAUUUUCUGUCCCUACUCAUCAUGCCUACCCUUGUCAAUUAUAGUGGUGAUGAUGAACUCUAUUCUGGAGCUUCCUUUUAUCAAAAAAAUCUCAUUGAUUUGGGUCGCGUGUGUACUUUGGGUUCAAGUGUGGAUGGGUACUACUGCAGUCCUAAGAAACGAGCUCGCAUCAAUGCCCCGGAUGUUUUUGAAACUCCACGGCUCAGGAAAGAUCAAAAGCCUACGAUUGAAGUUCUUCCUAAUGAAUGUCUUUUUGAGAUUUUCAGACGGCUCUCUAGUGGCAAAGAGAGGAGCUCUUGUUCCUGUGUAUCUAAGCGGUGGCUCAUGCUUAUGAGCAGUAUCUGCAGAGCUGAAAUUUACAAGUCUGAGAAUCUGACUGAGGGAUCUGCUUCCUGUGAUGAUGAAAUGGCCUCGGUGGAUGAGGAUCUAGUAAUCGAAGAUGAUGGGUAUUUAUCGCGGUGUUUGGAAGGGAAGAAGGCAACUGAUGUGAGGCUUGCAGCAAUUGCAGUUGGGACUAGUGCCCGUGGAGGACUGGGAAAACUGUCUAUCAGAGGAAGCAAUUCUGCUCGCGGUGUCACAGAUGUUGGUCUCUCAGCAAUUGCUCAUGGCUGCCCUUCUCUUAGAUCAUUUUCUUUGUGGAAUGUUUCUUCUGUCGGGGAUGAGGGUCUGUCCGAAAUAGCAAAAGGGUGCCAUAUGUUGGAGAAGCUUGACAUCUGCCAGGCUCCCUACAUUAGCAACAAAAGUCUAAUUGCAAUAGCUAAGGGCUGCCCCAAUUUGACCACCUUAAACAUUGAAUCGUGUCCUGAGGUUGGAAACGAGGGGUUGCAAGCUAUAGCAAGGUCUUGCCCCAAGUUAAAGUGCAUCUCUAUCAAGGAUUGUCCUCUUGUUGGGGAUCAUGGAGUAUCAAGUCUAUUAUCAUCAGCUGAUAACCUUUCAAGGGUAAAGCUUCAGGAUUUAAACAUUACAGAUUUCUCUCUGGCUGUCAUUGGCCAUUAUGGAAAGGCAAUUGUAAAUCUAGUGCUCUCCAGUCUUCAAAAUGUCAGUGAAAGGGGGUUUUGGGUCAUGGGUGUUGCUCAAGGUCUGCAGAAGCUUAUGUCACUUACAGUUUCCUCAUGUCGAGGGAUAACAGAUGUAAGCAUCGAAGCCAUAGGUAAAGGUUGCAUCCACCUGAAGCAGAUGUUUCUGCGCAGGUGUUGUUUAGUGUCUGAUAAAGGCUUGGUAGCAUUUAGCAAAGCUGCAAGGUCUCUCGAGAGCCUGCAGUUGGAGGAGUGUAACAGCAUCACCCAGUUUGGGAUUAUUGGUGCUCUUUCAAACAUCAAAACAACAUUGAAGUAUCUCACCCUUCUUAAGUGUAAAGGAAUUAAAGAUAUAGAUGUGGAAGUAUCAAUGUUUUCUCCCUGUGAGUCUCUCCAACAUUUAUCCAUUCGUAAUUGCCCUGGUGUUGGAAAUGCUAGCCUCACUAUGGUUGGGAAAUUGUGUCCCAAACUUCAGCGCGUUGAUCUGACUGGACUUUAUGGUGUUACUGAUGCUGGCCUUCUUCCUCUUGUACAGAAUUCUGAGGCUGGGUUGGUAAAGUUGAACCUUGCUGGCUGCGGCAAUUUGUCAGACAACAUAGUUUCAGAACUGACCAGGCUACACGGUGGAACACUUGAAUUGCUAAAUCUUGAUGGAUGCAGGAAGAUUACCGAUUCAAGCUUGGUUGCAAUUGCAGAUAACUGCCUUCUGCUUAAGGAUCUAGACAUGUCAAAGUGUGCAAUCACUGAUGCUGGAAUAGCUGUUCUUUCUAAUGCCAAUCGGCUUACUCUGCAAGUGCUUUCUUUGUCAAACUGUUCUGGUGUAACUUGCAAGAGUGGACCUUCCCUAACAAAUUUAGGCCAGACCUUGGUUGGAUUGAAUCUUCAGAAUUGCAAUUCAAUUGGCUGCAACACAGUUGAGUUGCUAGUGGAGAAGUUGUGGAGAUGUGACAUUCUGGCUUAAUCAUGGCCUGAACCAAUUCAAUUGUCAUAGUUGUUUUCCAGGGAACUUUGGCGGACCCUUUCUUCAGCCCUUUUUUCAAGCAUUUUCCGUGCAGAAAUGCUUGUUACAACCCUUUUGGCCUUGCUACUAGAGGCCACUUCCUUUAUGCUAUGGUUCCCUGAGUUUACUAUGUCCUGGUUGGUUGAUGGCUGCCACUGGAAAUAGAUAGUGUACAUUGUAUAUGUUAAACUCUCUUUUUGUCUUGCUGGUUGUUUUGUACUAAGAUGUUUUAGUUAGAUAUAUUCAUACUACUAAUACAAUAACCAAAAUUUGAUUUCGUACA